GUCCUGACGCCGCCCGUAUCUGUGAGCCCUGAGAGGUACUUUCUAUCAGCGUCACUGGAUCUGUGUGGGAGCCGAGGUUGCUCACCCGGGGUGAUAGCACUGCGCCCUUGUUGGUCAGGAGCAGCAGAAAAUGAACAUAGCUCAGGGAUCAGUGUCAUUUGAAGAUGUGACUGUUGAGGUCACCCAGGAGGAGUGGCAACAGAUGGACUCUACUCAGAGGACCCUGUACAGAGAUGUGAUGCUGGAGAACUACAGCCACCUCAUCUCCGUGGGGUAUUGCAUUACCAAACCCCAGGUGAUCUUCAAGUUGGAGCAAGGUGAAGAGCCCUGGUCCUUAGAGGAAGAAUUCCUAAACCAGAAGAACCCAGGAUAUUGCAAAGUUGAUUUUCACAUUGAGAAGAACCAGGAAAAACAAGAGAAAGCUCUGUGGCAAGUAAUGUUCAUUGAUAACAAAAUACUGAGUAAAGAAGGACAGAAAAUUUUAGGAAAACCAAUUAAUCUGAAUAUAACUCCAGGUUUUUCAGGAAAAAUGCCCUGUAAAUGUGACUUGCCACUUGUUUCUGACUUAAUUAUUAAUGGUAGGAAGUAUUCAAGAAAGAAGACUGAUGAUAUAAAUGUAUGUGAAAAGUUGCAGCUUGAUGUUAAACAUGAGAAAACUCAUGCUGGAGAGAGGUCUUACAUAUAUAAUAAAAAUGUGAAAGCUCUUAGUCAUAAGAAAGGUCAUCAGAAAUUUCAAACUCUUGAGCAACCUUUUGAAUGUAAUGAAUUUGGAAAAGUAUUACAUGAUAACAUUGACUGUGUUACUGCCAGGAGUCCUCUAACAGGACAGGAAUUGUGUAAGGAUGAUGAAUUUAGGAAACACUGUGAUAAGGCAACUCUAUUUAACCACAUAAGAACUGGCACAAGGGAGAAAUGCUUUGAUCUUAAUGAAUGUGGCGAAAGCACCACUGUGGAAUACAAUAAAGCUCACAUGGCUCUGACACACUAUGAAUUUAACGAAAGUGGAAAUAACUCCAACAGCAUUUCACCCCUCAUUCAGCCUGAGGGAACUGUUACAGGACAGGGUUUUUUGGAAAGCAGUAAAUGUGAAGAAAACUUGAGCCAAAGCUUAGCCCAUCUGGUACAUCAGAAGACACAAACUGGUGAUAAAUCCUGUGUUUUUAAUGGAUGUGCAAGUUCCUCCUACCAGAACUUAGACCUUGCAAUACAUCAGAGAACUCAGAAAGAAGAGAAAUUCUACCAGUGUUGUAAAUAUGCAAAAUCUUUGCAUCAAAACUCACUCCUCAGUGCACCUCAGGAAAGUGACACAGGAAAGAAGUCAUUUCAAAGUAAUAAAUGCAGUAAAUUCUUUUACCAGAAAGCACAUCUCAUUUACCAUCAGAGGACCCACUCAGAGGAGAAAGCCUAUGAAUGUGAGGAAUGCAGGAAAUCCUUUUGUCCAAAUCCACACAUUAUUCAUUAUCCUGGGACUCAUAUGGGGGCCAGUCUCUAUCAAUGUAACCAAUGUGGGAAAACCUGUCAGGUGUCAGACCUCAGUGAAUAUUGGACAAUUCACCAAAAGGAAAAGUCUUAUGAGAACAGUGGAUUUGGGAAAUCCUACAAGAAGUCUGCACUCUUAGUACGCCAGAGAACACACACACACAUUAAACUCUAUCAAAGUAAUGAAUAUAGGAACUCAUUCUCCAGGGUGGCACAACCUAAAGAACAUCAGAGAAGUUACACAGAGGAUAAACAAUAUGAAUCCAUUGAAUGUGGGAAAGCUUUCUCCAAGACACAUCUCAGAGUACAUCAGAGAAUUCAAACAGCCAACAAACCCUAUGAAUGUAUUGCAUGUGGGAAAACUUUCUCUAAUAAGACACACUUGAGUGCACAUCAGAGAAUUCAUACAGGGGAGAAACCCUAUGAAUGUAAUGAAUGUGGGAAAACUUUUGCUGAUAAUUCAACCCUCAGGACACAUCAGAGAAUCCACACAGGGGAGAAACCCUAUGAGUGUAAUGAAUGUGGGAGGUCUUUUGCCCAUACGUCUGGUCUCAGAUCACAUCAGAGAAUUCACACAGGGGAGAAACCCUAUGAAUGUAAUGAUUGUGGGAGAUCUUUCGCUCAUAAUUCAGCCCUCAGAGCACAUCAAAGAAUUCACACAGGAGAGAAACCCUAUGAGUGUAAUGACUGUGAGAAAACUUUCACCCAUAAUUCAGCCCUUAGAGUACAUCAGAGAAUUCACACUGGGGAGAAACUCUAUGAAUGUAAUAAAUGUGGGAAAACUUUUUCCCAGAAGACACAUCUCAGUACACAUCAGCGAAUUCAUACAGGUGAGAAACCCUAUGGAUGUAAUGAAUGUGGGAAAACCUUCUCCAAGAAAUCAUACUUCAGUGGACACGAGAGAAUUCACAAAGGGGAAAAACCUUAUGAAUGUAAAGAAUGUGGGAAAACCUUUGUCUAUAAAGCAGCCCUUAUAGUCCAUCAAAGAAUUCACACAGGAGAGAAACCAUAUGAAUGUAAUGAAUGUGGGAAAACUUUUUCCCAGAAGACACAUCUCAGUACACACCAGAGAAUUCACACAGGUGAGAAACCUUAUGAAUGCAAUGAAUGUGGGAAAACUUUCUCCCAGAAGUCGUACCUCAGUGGUCAUGAGAGAAUUCACAAAGGGGAAAAACCUUAUGAAUGUAAAGAAUGUGGAAAAACCUUUGUCUAUAAAGCGGCCCUUAUAGUCCAUCAAAGAAUUCACACAGGAGAAAAACCCUAUGAAUGUAAUGAAUGUGGGAAAACUUUUUCCCAGAAGACACACCUCUGUGCACAUCAGAGAAUUCACACAGGGGAGAAACCUUAUGAAUGUAAUGAAUGUGGGAAAACUUUUGCUGAUAAUUCAGCCUUCAGGGCACAUCAGAGAAUUCACACAGGGGAGAAACCUUAUGAAUGUAAUGAAUGUGGGAAAACUUUCUCUAAGACCUCACACCUCAGAGCACAUCUGAGGACUCGUGCUGGGGAGAAACCCUAUGAAUGUAAUGAAUGUGGAAAAACUUUCUCCCAGAAGUCAUAUGUUAGUGCACAUCAGAGAAUUCAUACAGGAUUUAACUUCAGGAUUUUAUUUAUCCUUACAUCUCAUCAUGGAAGUGGUACUGAACUCUUCUAUACCCCUAAUUUGGACUUUGGACUUUGAGUGAUGAAAGGACUGAAAGUUUGCAUUUUAUGAGCCAGUCAACCCAGAGGCUAUUAUAUUAACCCAGAUAACAACAGUAGAUACAAAAAAUGACCAGCCAUGAUAACUAAGAAAUCUAUGAUGAUAGGACAGAUAAGUCAGGUUUGAGAGUAAGAUGUGGUAUCAAAAGCCAAAUGGUUAGAUAGGGUUUUUUUUUUUUUAAGCAUCCAUAAAUUGGUACUAGAAUGAAGAUUUAAAAAGGAAUGGAUGUGUUAUUAUUAGAAAGUUAAAUUUGGGCUUACAGGCCAUGGGCAGAUUAUAUAAUGAGAUAGAGAUACAAAAUAUUAGGAGCAGAGGGUCAUUCCCAGAUAAUAGCUUAAUAUAUAAACCAGAGAAGGGUUAUAGAGAAGCAAAAAUUACUAAUGAAGCAAGAACACAUGGGCAUAUGCUAUUGCACACAUCAGACAUAAGUGUGGAUGAAAAUUAAUAGGAAAUCUUGUAAGGGCAAUACUGUAAGAGAACAAUAUUGAUUGGAGUACAUGUGGAAAAUAGUUCUAUUGGUAACAUUCUCUCAAAACAGGCAUGUACCUCUGAUAGAAGAAUGUAAUCAUGUCCCUAUUGUAAUUGAUAAACAGGAGUAAGAUUUUUAGACUGCUCAGGGAAUGAGAGAAGACUGUUGGUGGCCAGAGUACACUGUGAAUCCAAGAGAAAUAGAAACCAACAAGCACACAGGAAGCACAGGAAAUAAGGGAAGGAACAAAAGACGAAUGAAUUAACCACGAAAAAAUAACUAGGUUAUACAUGCCUUAUGGAUAGAUAACUCAUGAAAGAGAAAAAGGUUAUACAUUGAGAAAUGGCCUAAAAUUAUAGAACUGCCACAUUCCAAGAAAUCUGGUGCACUAAU